AUGGCUGCCUCAUAUUCUUUUGCUUCAUUGGGGGAGCUGUAUGAUGAACCGUCCGAAGACGAAGUCCUAGCAAGACUAAAGAUUGCUGCAGCUGGUUUCCUGCCGGAGGGCUGGAAGGAUUGGAGAGUCCGGAAGGAUCAUGUAGUUCAUAUGGAGCCUUCGGUUCUUAACAAAAUGCGUUUCUGCUUAUCUGCGCUGGAAAUUGCAAAAGCCUUCAACCCAGAUGCAAAAUGCCUCAAGGAGAGACCUUACAGGGACAUGAAAGUGAAAAUGAUGUCAUGGCCGUUCUGUGUGGGCCUCAUCUUAGGACCUCCAUCUCUGGCUCUGCAAGUGAGAGGUUCUGCUUUGCACUGUGAGCUGGUUACUCAGUCGGUGAAGAACUUGAGGGGGCUGUUGAUGACUAGGAAAGAGGCGUCGAAACUUCUUGGAGAUGGCUCUGAGACGGAUGAGUCUGAAAGCUGUUCCCAGUCGACCUCGAAGCAACGCGUUAGUACUACCAGCAGGUUAAAGUGCCUUGAAGCAGAGUCUGCCGCGACUAGAUCAUUGCUGCAAGAAAUCUUGAGCCGCCUGGAUCGAAAAGGGAACGACACUGGGGACUCUGACUUGGAGGAAGACCAGGCAGAAGAAUUCAUGGAGGAAGUGGAGAGUGAGAGAGAAUCGGAUGCGGGGUCAACUCCGUGGAGAGCCCCAGAGGUUGUUCUACAGUUAGCAAACGGACGGUAG